AUGGAGAAGACAUCGGACAAUUCAACUAGCGAUGUUGAAGCCAGUGGAGAGGAGCCUGUUAAUAGCGGUCAGCAUGUGAAUCCAAGAGACGGCAUAAAAAAUUCGCAAUGGAUCCUCACCUGUAUUGCGCUAUACUUGGGAGCUCUUCUAUACGGCCUGGAUACCACAAUCGCUGCCGACGUUCAAGCGCAAGUGUAUGAAGCGUUAGGACAUAUCGAGAAACUGCCGUGGAUUGGGCUUGGAUUUCCAAUGGCAUCAGUGGCAACAAUCCUCCCUUUCGGUCGGGCAUACGCGCUGUUCAACAUAAAGGUAUUGCUUCUUUCAAGCAUUGUCGUAUUCGAAGCUGGUAGCGCACUUUGCGGUGCUGCGCCAACUUCUGAUGCUUUAAUCAUUGGCCGAGCUAUUGCAGGCGUUGGCGGAGCUGGAAUGUAUUUGGGGGCACUUACGUAUUCAUCCACCUUCACUACAAAAACGGAAGCCCCUUUAUAUAAUGCCUUGACUGGCUUAAGCUGGGGUGUAGGCUGCAUUCUUGGGCCAGUUAUCGGGGGUGCAUUCUCUGUCAGCAGUGCAACAUGGCGUUGGGCUUUUUAUAUCAAUCUUCCAGCUGCUGGCAUUCUGUUGCCCAUUUAUCUCUUUAUAGUCCCCUCCAAGAACCCUCGGCCGGAUCUCACUAUUAAACAAAAGUUCGCCGACAUCGACUGGAUUGGUGCGAUUAUUUAUGCUACAAUUUUCGUGUUGUUUAUGAUUGUUGUCACCUUCAGCGGCUCCACAUUUGCUUGGAAUUAUACUACAUCCAUUGUGCUUUGGGUGGUUUUUGGAGUGUGCUUGAUAGCCUUCACCUUACAACAGGGUCUCAAGAUCUUUACAACCGACGAACACCGGAUCUUUCCUGUGCAUUUUCUCAAAUCACGCAGCCUCGUCUUACUCUAUAUUGCUACAGGCAGUGCCGGCGCCGCCCAAGGCGUUGUGCUCUACUACACACCACUAUUCUUCCAAUUCACAAAGGGGGAUAGCCCUUUGCAAGCUGCUGUCCGCCUCUUACCUUUCAUCUGCGUGUUCAUCGUCUUCGUCAUGGCUGCUGGUGCUACGCUUCCUAUAGUUGGGCGAUACAACCUUUACUAUUUUGUUGGUGGUUGUUUCAUCUCAAUCGGAGGGGCUUUGCUCUGUACAAUUAAUGAAACCACAUCUACUGGCAAGAUCUAUGGGUAUGAAGCCCUCUCAGCAAUCGGGAUCGGUCUACUUUUCCAAAUAGGAUACGCUGUCGCUGUUGCCAAAGUGUCUCCCAAGGAUGAACCGAAAGCGAUUGGCUUUAUCAAUGUUGCACAGAUUGGUACCAUUGCUAUUAGCCUUGCAAUUGCCGGGUCGAUAUUUCAAAACGUUGGGUUCAACUUACUCAAGAGCGCCUUUGCCGGGCGACAUCUGCCAGAUGACUACAUCCGAUCGGCUUUGGCGGGCACUCUGUCUCCUGUCUUCUCUUCCGGCGAUGCAGAGAUUAUUCAUGUUGCUGUUGUUGCUGUAGCAGAGACAAUUCGAAAAAUCUUUAGUCUUGUGGCUGCGGCCGGGGCGCUUGUGGUGGUAAGCUCGCUGCUGAUGCGAUUUGAGAAAAUAGACUUGAGCAUUGUUGCUGGUGGUUAA